CACCCCCCUCUCGUCUCGUCGUCUCCGUUGCCGGCACGCACGCCGCCGCCGCCUCGCUCCCCUCUCUUCUGGCGCGGUUGCGGUGCCGCCGCCCCGUCCUACGACCCUGCUGCGGGGACGCGGCUUCAAGGAGGACCUGACAAAAUGGCAAUGGGGAUGAGAGCCCGGGAAUCUGUGAACAUGUCGGAGGACCUAACUCAGGCCAUUGCGCCUUAUGCUACUGCCCUGCACGAUGCGUCGCUCCAGUCCCACUGUUCGUCAUGCUUCCACCGCAUACCGGCUCAAUCCCCCCACGACAUGUCUUGCACGAUGUGCGGUUCUGUUCGAUAUUGCUGCUCGGACUGCUUGAUCUCGGACUGUGAAGUGCAUUCAUCUUCUGGUGAAUGUUGCUUCUUUGUGAAACAUCUCAGGGAAGCCUCCCCAUCCACUCUUACCGAAGAAACGAGCGAUAUCCGUGCUGCUCUCCGCCUUCUCUAUUCGCUUGAGACGCGUGGUCUUGUUUCAUCUGAUUCGGUCAGCAGCUCCAAUAGGAUCGGCGGGCUUUCUGCAAGUGGUAUUAGGGAGGUUCUGGAGGAGGGUGGGGAGAUUGCCGAGGGGGUGCUGGAGGGGAGUUUGUUGAUGUUGUCUGCCAGAAAAUCGAGGAUGAAGAACUAUGUUGGUCUCUCCAAUGGCUUGACGAUAGAGAAGGUGGCAUUGUGGGCAGUGAUGACAAAUAGUGUUGAGAAUGAAGGGUGUACUUCAAACAAACCAGAAUCAUGUGUAGUUCCUGUUAGCAAAGGAGCUGCGCCAGAUGCGGUAAUGGAGUUUAACUGAUGGUUUUAUUUAGUAUUCACUAAACUUUUGCUUGCAUCAUUUGGAGGUAUCUAUUACACACUGUAGAGUGAGUUAUUGGACUCUGUAUUGGUUGCAGUGGCAUGCUUGGCAGAAUGAAGAAGCUGGUUUUGCUCAUGCUCAAUGUAAAUAUGGUCCACGAGUUGUUGUUCGCUGCACAAAGCCAAUCAACAAGGGAGAUGAAGUUUUCAUAACAUACAUUGAUCUUCUUCAGACAAGGUGUGAUGCUAGGAACUUGAAAUCGCCACAUAAUGCUGUUACAGACCCAGCAAUUGAGGAUUUGGACAAUAACUUACAACAGGCAAUAUCUGAAUACUCAUUCCUUGAUGACUCUAAAGCUUGCUGUGAUGUAAUUGAAAGCAUGCUUUCAGAAAACUUGAUGAAUGAUUUGCAGCAAGAGGAACUUUCACCAAGGAAAUACAUACUACACCCCCUACACCAUAUCAGUGUCAGCAGUUUCAUGAUACUUGCCUCUGCAUACCGGUGCAGUGCCUUCAAAUCAAGCACUGAUAAUUUGCAUGGAGAAAAUUGUGAUUUCAUUUUCAGAAUGACCAAAGCUGCAGCAGCUUAUUCAAUAGUUCUUGCAGGGGCUACACAUCACUUGUUUUUAUCUGAAUGUUCCUUUGUGACCCUUCUGUCGCAUUUUUUGCUAAGCACUGGACAGUCCAUAUUAGAUUUUGCUGAAUGUAUUAAGGGAGAAACAAGGAAAAACAUGCCUGAAGCUAUCUUCAGCUUUGCUUCAUGUUCAACAAAUUCGGCAAAACAUGAUUCUGUGCGGUACAAUCAAUUCAGAUCAACUUGUGAGAAGUUUGGCAAGCCCUUGUUAUCUUUAUCGUUGCAGUGCUGGCCAUUUUUAGCCCAAGGCUUACCCUGCCUGGAAAAGAUAAAGAACCCCAUAGAUUUCAGUUGGCUUGGUCCAGCAAUAUUUCAGGCUUUCCAGCUUUCUGAGGAAGAUUCUUUCAACCUUUCUGGUAAACAUGCGCCAGCAACUCUCAUCGAGCAACAGAAAGAGUGCAUUCUGAGCUUAGCUGUUUGCUGCAUCACCUACAGCAAAUACCUUGCAAGUAUAUGCUAUGGUCCAGAACAUUAUUUGGCAAAUCGUGCUAAAGAUCUGCUUGAAUGUAUCAAUCAUGUACAAUGAUCUCUCUGUGAUAUAUCUCUGGAGCUGAUGUUUGAUGUGCUCUAUUGUCUUUAUCAAGGUGAGCAGCUUACUUUUAAGAUUGUUGUAGGACUGAACUGAUAGUUUCUUUUACAAGCAGAACUUAUCAGCAAUUUUUGUCAAGGGGGAGUUACAUGGAUGCUAUUAACGUUUUCUGUUUUAUUGUGAUUAACAAAGCUACUAUAGAUUAACAGUGACAAAAUCAGUUUGUGGGAACAGUCUGUGCAAUGCUUCCGCGGUUUUGGUUCACUUACGAUUUUUAUGUGGCGCUGUAACAGAAUUGUCUUGAAUUGUUGUUAAAAUGGAUUUGAGGAUCUCUGUCCAAACAUUUCAGGCAGAAGAUGAGUUUAAAGUUACAACACCUAUCCCAUAAAGGAAUCACCGAGGUGUAAGGUUUUCCAAACCUCUAUAUCUGAAAUUAAUCACAGUACAUAUCAAAUGGUGCCUUUUCUAUUAUAACUUUUUUUCUGGUCAGGAUCAAAAUCUUUCUUGUUUGUUACUCUUGGAAGAUUGGAAGAAUCAUCAUCAGAUUGGGCUGUGAAGAUCUUCGAUUUAAAUAAUGGUGCAAAAGUUUACUCAAGAAUAAAGGCUGAGAUGCUCUUCAAGUGAUAACAAUAAUUGUUUUGGACUUGGAAGACAAUGUGACAGCUGCUUGCUAUGCAUAAAACAGAGUGUCUUAUUCAAUAUAAUUGGACGAAAUUACCCUCUCUGAAGUUAUUGGAAGCGACGUUGACUUGUAACAGCUUCAGAUCCUUACAAAUGGACAGCAAUCAUGGAUUUCUGUUGAGUCAUGUGGAAUAUUAUCUUCAUUUUGCCAAGUGCGUAAGCAAAAUGAAUGGUUAUCAGUUGCAGUUCAUUCUAGUAUCCAUAUGACCACAGUUUGAUGCAGCUGCAAGCCUGCAGCAAUUAUUUUGUGUUUGUUAGUUGCUCAUUCCUACAUCAAUUAACUUCUUCCGAAAUGGCAGAUGAGUAUGAUCGCAGCAGCUACAGAAGGUCUGGUGCUGAUGACGAGGAAGGUGGCUACAACAAGACCAACACUGGAGAUUAUGGCCGCAGCGGUGACGACUACGGUCGUGACACUGGCCUCUUCAACGAGUCCGGCAACGACGACAAUGAGAGUGGCUACAAGAACACCAACACUGAUGAAUAUGGCAGCACUGGUAGCUACAACAAGUCCAACACCGACGACUUAACUGGCGGCUUCAACAAAUCCGGCACAGAUGACUACAGUGGUGGCGGCGGCUACAACAAAUCUGGCGCCGACGACUACAGCAGCAGCGGUGGCUACAGCAAAUCCGGCACUGACAACUACAGCGGGAGCGGCGGCUACAACAAAUCCGGCAACAAUGACUACAGUGGCAGUGGUGGUGGCUACAACUACACCGUCGACUAUGUCGUGUCUGGCGAUUACAAGGACUCCAGCACCGGCGACUAUGGUCGUGGUGACGAAUACAAGAAAUCAAGCUCAGACGACUAUGAUGGUGGCUACAAGAAGUCAAGCAGCAACGAUGAUGGCUAUGGCGGAAGCGGCUACAGCAAGCCGAGCACCGGCGACUACGACAGUGGUAAGAACGCCUCCAACACUGAUGGAUAUGGUGGCAGUGGCUACAACAAAUCAAGCACAGACAACUCUGAGAGUGGCUACAACAAGUCCGGCACCGGUGAAUAUGGCAGCGGCGGCGGCUACAACAAAUCAAGCACGGACAACUAUGAGAGCGGCUACAACAAGUCCGGCACCGGCGACUAUGGCAGCGGUGGUGGCUACGACAAGUCUGACGCCGGUGACUACACUGGUGGCUACAACAAGUCGAGCACUGAUGAGUACGCAACCGGAAGAGGCAAGACCAGUUCUGACGACUACGAUGGGUUGAUCAGUUUGUCUCUGAUAUGCAAGGUUGAUCACACAUCUCAGAGGAUGUGUGAUGUGCGUAAUAUGCUCUGCAGCGCGCACCGGCCGCGUGCCGAGCGAUCCACCAUGCAAGCAUCCGCGCCAAGUUUAAUUUGGGACGAGUUUGGGCGGCUCGUCGUGAGGCUCUCGGCGCUCCAGGUGCCAGCAGCCAGCAUGCUGACGGGGCGCGUUUUCAUGCUCGGCGUCGCCGCGUCGGCGUCGGCGACGCGGCGUUCUUUAAUUCUUUCUCGAUCGAUCGUCGUGAUGGCUGACGAGUACGGCCGCGGCGGCUACGGCAGGUCCGGCGCCGGCGCCGGCGACGACUACGAGAGCGGCGGCUACAACAGGUCCAGCUCCGGCGGCGCCGACGAGUACGCCGCCGGCCGGAGCGGUCGUGCUCAAAAGCCGGUGNACGACGCUUCGAAACGCUUCACAAAGUCNCGGCGGCGCGCGACGACUUACGGCGNACGGCGGCGGCGGGUCAACAAGUCCGGACCGCGCGCUUCCGACAGCGGCUNCAACAACAGGUCAGGGGCUAACAGAAGUACGGCCGCAACAAGUCCGGCGCGACGAGUACAGCGGCGGNGCGGCGCCGAAGCCGACGAGGAGUACGUCGACGGGUUGUCGUCCCGGGCGCCCGGAGAAGUACAGGAAGGAGGAGAAGGAGCACAAGAACAAGGAGCGCCUCGCGAGGUGGGGCCCNUCCGCCGGCNCUUCGCCAUGUACGAGAGGCACCAGGCGAAGAAGGACCCGGAGAACGCGCAGCGGCACAGGAUCGAGGAGGGCGUGGCGGCGGCGGCGGCGCUGGGGAGCGGCGGGUUCGCGUUCCACGAGCACCACGACAAGAAGGAGGCCAAGCAGGCGGCGAAGGACGCCGAGGAGGAGGCGGAGGAGGAGUCCGGCUCCGGCGCCCGCGGCGGCGAGGGGAAGAAGAAGCACCACCUCUUCGGCUGAUGAUCCAUCGAUCGAUCGCGCCAUGCAUGCGGCGGCGGCGGCGCCAUGGCCGGCGUCCGCGCGCACGCGUAAGGUGUGGCCAUGGGCGUGUGCAGCUGAAUAAGAGCCGGGGUUUUUGUACGUAUGGGCUCAGUAUGUGUACACCUCGUAUAUGGUAUGGAUGUACGUAUAAGCGUAUAGUGUGUACUAUACCAAUAAAGCUAUCUGUUGCUCUGUGCCUCUGUGUAAUUAAGUCCAUGGUCUGCCAUGCUUGUGUAGUUGUGUACACCUUGACUUCAUGACUAGUGAGUAGUGACGUACGUAUUUGAUGUAUUUCA